CAUUUGGGGUAUAAAUAAAUAAGUAAAUAACUAAAAAAAUAAAUAGCGGCUUGUACUGCUCGUGUUCUCACUGCCGAAGUUCUACCAGUACGCCGUAGCAUUCAUAAUCAUUUCCUCUUGCUCUCGUAACAUUAUCCUCGGCUGGCAUUUUCUCUGGCGCCUUAAUACCGUUAUCCAUUGCGCACGGGCCGAAAUAGAACCCUCGCCGCGGUCAGAUUUGCCGCUCACCGGCAUUUCUUCGCUUUCGAGGAAACUACCUGUCCAAGCCGACGUUCCUCUGAACGCAUCGACGGUCGUGUCCUUGUACUGCAGCGGAAUCUCAGACGGUGUUGCAGUCUCCAUCUGACCGCUUUCUCACUCGGAAAGGUCUGCUGCUACUUUUUGCAACAGUGAACAUCCCGCAGGACUGCAACACCAUUUUUGUUUUCAACUGGUUCCCGUACCUUGUGAUGCGGCUCAGAGGGGACUUUGACUACCAUCUGUGCUUCCAUGGCGGUCAAUUAGACAACAGGUCGAAGUUGAGUUUCCUUGCGAAGACGGUUUGUGCUACGUUAUUUAACCCUCAACUAAUUUGGCACCACGUCUCUCAUUCAGGAAAUUAAUUUGUAAAAUCACUAUUGCAUCGUGCUGUGCAAAGUCGCGAGUAACUGCACAGCGGCACCGACAAAAAAAAACGAACAAAAAACGUCAGUCGUGCGAAGAGGCUUGCAGGUGCAUGCGGCCGUAACGAGUGCUGUCACCCGCUUCCGGUGUUGAGCCUUUGUCACGUCCGUGGCUCGAACACGUCACGGCGGGGCGCCAGCCGCCCGGAGUGUUGAGCGCGCGACGAUUCCGUCAAGCCCGGCAUGGUCGGCAGUCCUGCGCUCGGCGAGGCCUAAAAUAUGCGCGCACAUUUGGGACGCCCUCAGGUGUGUGCGCACUCGUUUUGCAGACCCACUUGCUCGCGAACGGCACGCGCGGAUGCUGCGUAGAUGAGAGGUCACCGCGACUUGCGACACACUCAUCUCGAUAACGAUGGGAUUGUUGGCCAUCCCUCGAGUCAACGUCUAACUUGUCUGCCUGAUGCGCCAGCUCUCGGCUUCAAACAAUGCAAAGUACAGUGAGCAGACAAACGCCGCUCGGCAGCCAGCUCCACUUCUCGACGCACUCGCAUUCCACACCGCAGCUUUUUGUUUCCUGCCCCGCAAACGUCUGUUCGUUCAAGGGGCCCGCAGCGCGCUUACCGCGCAUGUUGACGUGUGCUGGCAGGUGACGUUGCCGGCCUCUCGGAUCCAAACCUCGACCAGAUCGCUGAAACUACAGUAGCUGCCGUGCAUGGCAAACGCCUUCGCUCGCGUUCAGCAGUGUGGUAUGGACGACGGCGAAGGCGAUGGCUGCCUUGGGCCGAAGCAAUCCACGGGCGGCGGCGGAAUGUCCAAGCUUCGCGCCCAGGUCACCUCUGCCGUGGCCAACAUCCCGUCGCUGGUGAUUGUGCUGCUGUGCGUGCUGUUGCUCGUCUUCUUCGUCAUCAUCGUCGCCCUCUCGGUCAAGGUGCACUCGGGCUCGACGGCGCCUGACGAUCGCUGCCUGUCGGCGGCUUGCCUCGGCUCGGCGGCUCGCGUGCUCGCCGGUCUUCGAGACGGCGCGCCCUGCCAGGACGCGUACGCACUGGCCUGCCGACCCGGCACCCCUCGGGGCCUCCGCGGCCAGCACGCGGUCCGGCACCUGGUGGACCUGGUGCCUUUCGACGGCGACCAGGCGUCGGCCGAGACGAAGGCGAAGCGCUUCUACGAGACGUGCAUGGAGCCGCGCAGCCUGAGCCAGGACGCCCUGGCCCUGCUCAACUACCGGCUGCGGCAGGUCGGCGGCUGGGAGCUCGUCGCCGGCUCGUCGUGGUCCCUGCAGAGCUGGGACCGGGACACCGCGCUCGAGAAGCUGCACGUCGACCUCGGAGUGAGCCCCUUCUUCGCCAUCGGAGUCGCCGACCGAACGAUUCGGCUGCACCCGUCGGGGUUCACGUUCCCUUCGUACGAGUACUACGCCGACGGCAAGCCCGACACCCUUGCCGGCAAGGUGCUGGGCAGCUACAGGGAGCUGAUCGAGCAUGUUUCAAGCCACCUGCGGGAUGGCCCACCCACCUUGGCAAACUCUGUCCUGGCCGACACCAUCAUCAACUAUGAGCGGCGACUGCUCGAGCGUCUGCGUCCUCGGGAGAAUGUCACCGAGCCGAGCAGCCUGCGCACCACUGUGGCACAGCUCACACGCCUGGUUCCCAUUGUCAAGUGGGAGCAGCUGCUGAGUGCCUACUUCCACGGCCAUUCCAUCGGCCAGGACACUCCUGUGCUGAUAGUGCAGCCGCACUACUUCAGCGGCCUGAGCCAGAUCAUCUCGACCACCGACACCACUACACUGAACCACUACAUGAUGUGGCGCUUGGUGAUGAAGUAUGCACCCCACCUGGACAAGACCGUGCGGUCUGAGUAUUUCCGUUUCCAGCGGCACAUUUUCGGUGCUCCAGACAGUGAACCAGAGGAAGAGUGGUGGGAGCAGUGCACCCGACACACGAGCCACUACCUGCGCCAUGCUGUGGGCUACCUGUACGCCACCAAGACAGCUGGCAGCCGGGCGCAAGACACCAUACAACAGGCGGAGGCCCUCGCUCAACAGGUGAAGAAGGCGGCCAUCGAGAGUGUGGCCGAAGUCGCAUGGCUGCCCGAGAAGGGUGCACUUCGAGAAAAGCUGUCCAGCUUGGAUUUUCGUGUGGGCUACGCUUUCAAGGACAAGCCAAAACAGCUGGACCGCUUCUACUUGGACCUCAUUGUCAAGCUUGGCUCACACCUGGAGAACGUGUUUGAGGCUGAGCGUUUCCUAGGACGCAAGAAAGCCCUGAUGCUCAAUGACCGAGCAUACCUGGCUGAAGAAACAGCUGAAGAUGAAGCGUGGACCAUCUCAGCAGUUGACAGCCAUCCCGUAUACAACCAAGAGCUGAACUCAAUUGUGGUGCCCUUGGCAGCAUUGCAGCAGCCAGUCUUCUCUCUGGAUGAACACCCGGCAUUGCAGUAUGGGUCCUUUGGGAGCCUGAUCGGCCGCCUGGUCUUCGAGUGCCUCCGCCAGGAAGGGUAUGUGAUUGCAGAUGAGAGCCUGUUCCGCAACAAUAUGACACGUGCCAGUCUGCGAGAGAAGUUGCACUGCCUGGCCAACAGGUACCCUGCCUUGGACAGAGCUUUGCCGGUCAAUGGUCCUCUGGUUGCUCCUGAGGCACUAGCCGACCUUGCUGGCGUCACAGCUGCCUUCAGGGCUUUUGAAUCCGGGAUGCACGUCAAGGAAAAGCUUCCAGGGAUGGAGUGGACACCAGAACAACUGUUUUUCAUUGGCUAUGUGCAGUCCAUGUGUGAAGAAGUGUCCUUAAGAAGAUUACACAUCUGGAGUCUUGUCAGUGAAUCAGCGCCUAAAAAGCUCAGGGUACUCCAGGCACUGCAGCAGUCUCCCGAAUUUGGCCGAACAUUCGACUGCAACACUGAAGAGUGGCAGUCCCACAUUUGCCAUGCAUGGUGACCUUCUGCCGUGAAUCUAGGCAGCUCACUGGUGCACAAGCAACUGUGGCAGCAGCAGUAGGCCAAGGGUACCGAUACUCCCAGGAGCAGCUGGUUUGCAUUGGGCAUGGUGUCUUGAUUCACAUGUGCCUUCAGUGCAACUAAGAGCCGCUGGUUCUUUGAAGACAAUGGGCAUAUCACCACAGCAGACAUCUCACUCAAUGCAGACAUGCUGCUUGUAGCAGUUGCAACUUGGCAAGCUGCUUUUGAACAAAUGCAGCUAGCACUGCUUGGAGACAAAGUGAUGGGUGUCCACAGCAGUGCAGUUUGUAGUUGGACUGACUGUAUGUAGUAGGGUAUGUGUGAACUUUAUUUAGAAUGGGCUGAGGUGGUGUGCAUGUAAGUGUGUGCGUGUUUGUAGGCAUGUGAACUGUUGGCAUUUGAAAUGUCUUGUACAAAGCUCCAUUCCAAGUUUCGGCCUCAUGUUUCUGUUAAGAACCACGACAGAAUAAAUGCUUCAAUGGUAUCAUCACUUUCAUGGAAA